ACAGCUGAUUCCAAAUGUCAAUGGAAAUAAACAAAAAUAUUUGUGGCAACGAAAUUACAAAUUUUUUGAUAUUUUUCCUGAUUUGUGUAUAUUUUUAAAUAAAAUUAGUAAAAUUUUGGUGGUGGUGUUAGUAAAAUGGGUUUCCCACGCAUUUUAAGUAAAAAUAACAAAAUAUAUACGAAGUUGGGUGAAUUUUGUUUGUCGGGUGAUGCGAGCUUCUGGAUUGUUUGUCAAGUGUGCCAGGAAGAGUUACAGACACAAGAUCAAUUUUGGAAGCAUAUACAAGAUGAACACAACUUCAUGCACGGCUUGGGUUUCAAACAGCAAGAACCACAACGCAAUUACAUAGAAACUGAAGCAACAGCAGCACACCUUAUGCCUUUGCCAUUGUAUCGAAAAGUGAAUGAAGAAGAGUUGCGUGCUAGUGGCGUGCUUGAUCAUGGAGACAAUUCACAGGAAAAACCUGAGCCAAAGGACUAUACCGAAAUGCGCGCAAUUGAACCGAAUGCAGUCGAAAUUGAUAUAAAAGUAGAACCGCCUAGUAUAAGACAUGGGAUAUCCUUGGCACCGCCACCGCCACCUGCACAAAGUUUACAUAGCGGUGGGGGAGGUGUUGGCACUGGUGGUGGCGCUAGUGUUGCGCAUCAAACAGUUGAGGUGAGCACAGCUGCACCUGCCUUAUACCAACUGCCACAAGUAACACCAGUAAGUUCAUAUGCAGCCGCCAUUGUACAUAGUGCACCGGCGUUGCCACCUACAAUGGGCAUGCCGGGCGCUGUAGCCGCUGCGGCAUUGAUGUCACAUGAAAUGCCAAAAGAAUCGAACAGCACCACGGCUAGUGCCAGCAGUGCUGUUUCUUCAGAGGAUGGCGAGCGUUGGUACAUAUGCGACUACGAGACCUGCGGCCUAAAGUUCAAAUACCAAUCACGUUUGGAGUUACAUCGUGCAGUGCAUAGUAAGGAGCGACGUUUUGCGUGUGAACUAUGUGGCGCCUCGUUCAAACAAUCGUGUAAUCUGUCAACGCAUCGCAAGAAGAAACACUUUCUGAAAGGAUCCAAAGGACUAGUGCCGCAGCGUUUCUAAAACAGUGCGCCAAUAAUGCAAAUUUUCUUUUUUUUGUUGAGUUAUGACUUUAAUAUUUUUUGGUUUAUAUUUCCAUAUAUUUUUUUGCGUCACUUGCAAUAGUUGCAAUAUUAUUAUUUUUUAGUAAAAAUAACAUAUAGGACAGAUUAUAAGAAAGAAUAGUGUUGUUGAAAACGGAUAAAUAAGUUUAAAUUAGUUAUUUUGGAUUUUAACAAGGAAAAAUAUAUUGAAGUUAAAGAAUGUAAUUUUAUUUUUCUUGAGAAUUUUGUGCAUGUUCAAGUUUAGUGAUAAGAAAUAUUGUUUUACUUUUCGUUUAGUGUUAAGCAAUUCAUUCGAUUAAUUACCAAAGGAAAUAAGUCAGCAUCAUUUCGAUAUGUAAAUUUUAAUGCAGUUCGGUAGGUUUUAAGGAGCUCUGUUGAAUUGCAUAAAAUUUGCCAUACCGGAAAAAUGCUGACCUAUUUCCUUUUGUUAUUAACCGAUUCAAUUUCUUUUGAAAAACAUAUGUAUGUAUGUAUAAAAAUACAUUUAAUUUUUCUAUUACUUACGUAUUUGUAUGUAUAUAACAUUUUACAUUGAGGUAUGCGUAAGCACAUGCUGUAGUAAAAUGCUAAUAUAAAAGUUUGAUUGCAAACAAAUCAAACGCAAUAUGGUACAAUUAUUGUUUUUAAGACUUUAGCAUAUAAUAAAUUCAUUUUGCCCCGAUUCAGUACAAAAAAAUAUAAGUUCUUUUACUUGUAUAAUUAUAAAUAACGGUUUUAAAAGAACAGCGAAAUAGUAAGAAAAUGGUAGA